GGCUCACCCUAAUUUUGCUCUGUUUUCAUUUCGACCAUUUCUAGUCAGCCUUGAAGAAGAGAGAGAGACACAGCCAAGCCUUCGUCUGCGAGGUUGGCUUGGUUAUUCUUCAUCGUCGUCUUCGAUUGUCUUCGUCUUCAAGGUUUGUAAAAGAUGGCUGAUACUGAGGACAUUCAACCCCUUGUCUGUGACAAUGGAACUGGAAUGGUGAAGGCUGGAUUUGCUGGUGACGACGCACCCAGGGCUGUGUUUCCUUCUAUUGUUGGUCGACCACGACACACUGGUGUUAUGGUUGGUAUGGGUCAAAAGGAUGCCUAUGUAGGUGAUGAAGCCCAAUCUAAGAGAGGUAUCCUUACCUUGAAAUAUCCCAUUGAACAUGGUAUAGUAAGCAACUGGGAUGACAUGGAGAAGAUCUGGCAUCACACUUUCUACAAUGAGCUUCGUGUUGCUCCUGAAGAGCACCCAGUUCUUCUUACUGAGGCUCCUCUCAACCCUAAGGCUAACAGAGAAAAGAUGACGCAGAUCAUGUUUGAGACCUUCAAUGUGCCUGCUAUGUAUGUUGCCAUCCAGGCUGUUCUCUCUCUGUAUGCCAGUGGUCGUACAACUGGUAUUGUGCUGGACUCUGGUGAUGGUGUGAGUCACACUGUGCCAAUCUAUGAAGGUUAUGCCCUCCCUCAUGCCAUUCUUCGUCUGGACCUUGCUGGUCGUGACCUCACAGAUGCCUUGAUGAAGAUUCUCACCGAAAGAGGGUACAUGUUCACCACCACUGCUGAGCGGGAAAUUGUCCGUGAUAUGAAGGAGAAGCUCGCAUAUGUUGCCCUGGACUAUGAGCAAGAACUUGAGACUGCUAAGAGCAGCUCUUCAGUAGAGAAGAACUAUGAGCUUCCCGAUGGCCAAGUAAUCACAAUUGGAGCUGAGAGAUUCCGGUGCCCAGAAGUUCUCUUCCAACCAUCACUCAUUGGAAUGGAAGCUGCUGGAAUUCAUGAGACUACCUACAACUCUAUCAUGAAGUGUGAUGUGGAUAUUAGGAAAGACCUAUAUGGAAACAUUGUGCUCAGUGGUGGGUCAACUAUGUUCCCCGGUAUUGCAGACAGGAUGAGCAAGGAGAUUACUGCUCUUGCUCCAAGCAGCAUGAAGAUUAAGGUUGUGGCUCCACCAGAGAGAAAGUACAGUGUCUGGAUUGGAGGGUCCAUCCUUGCAUCCCUCAGUACCUUCCAGCAGAUGUGGAUUUCCAAGGGUGAGUACGAUGAGUCUGGUCCAUCCAUUGUCCACAGGAAGUGCUUCUGAGUUCUACAAAUGUUUUGAUGGUGAGUUAUUUUUCAAUUUAGUUGGAUUUUCGUGUCGUGUCAUGUGAAGUCAGUUUGGUUGGCAACGAUAUGUGUUGAGGUGGGGUCAGUGAAGGACGGAGUAGAUUCUGAUGUUGAUGUAUCAUAGCUUUUCAUCCAUGUGAGAGGCUUUGCUUGCAAUGGCAAUGUUGUUCUGUAUAUGUGGUGGGCAGAAAAUCAGUCGAAAUCCAUCCUCGCCUUGCCUAAUCUUUGGUUCAACCAUCUCUUUCAGUAGGAUGUUUGUAGCAGGAGAGUGAUUGGGAUGCUUUUUCUUUUUUUUUUCCAUUUUUCAUUUUUUCCUUUUUAUUUCCCUUUUGUUCUAUAUUUGACGGUCUUUUUUCCUGAGAACAUUAAUAUUAAUAGUUUUAUUGUAUCUGAAAUUUUAUGGUAGUGUCAGUUUGUGGUCAUAAACUGCUAUGGAAAUUAUAUUUAAAUACUGGCUUGAAAGCUUGAGAGGAAUCUUUGCUCUUC